AUGGUAAAUGAAAUUAAGAAAACUGAGGAUAAUGUCAUCAGUACAUUAGGCGACAUAAAACGAGCAGUUUCAGAUUUUACGGACAUGUUUGCAGACAUGAAGGGGAACAUAACAGACGAAAUGUUAAAGAGAAGUGACGAGAUAAAAAGGAGAGAAGGAUCCUUCAACAACUUAUUUGAGGAGACAAAAACAAACCUCACGAGUGACAUGGGAGCUAAAAGAGAAGAACUUACUCAUCUACAAGGAUCCUUGAAGAAAUUAUUGAGGAGACAAGAACAAACCUCUCGAGUGACAUGGAAGCUAAAAGAGAAGAACUUACUCAACUUCAAGACUUUUUUAUACUCAGAAAAACUUGAACGACCUACGAUCGCUUUCCAUGCACAUGACGUGGCAGACUUGCUUCUUGAUAAAACAAAUGAGAUUGUUAUAUUUACGAAAAGUGUGAUUAACGAGGGAACAGGUUACGACACAUCUACUGGGGUUUUUACAGCACCCGUUGGAGGACUAUACCAGUUUUUUGUUCAUACAUGUGUUUUUAAAGGAAACUAUGCUUUUAUUGGUAUAGUGUUGGACGGUAGAAUUAUUGCAGCAAAUAAAAACUAUGAUAAUGAUUAUUACACUUGUAGUACUGUUGGUGCAAUAGUGAGAGUACAGUCAGGUGAAAAAGUUUUGGUCAAAUCAACAUCGUCAAGUUCUAACCGCCGGCUGCAUCAAUACUCACUGAAUGUGAACACAUUUAGUGGGGUACUUGUCAGUAACUGA